AUAAAUAUUUUUCAAGGUGUCAAAGUCGUCAAAGUGUCAGCGAAAUAUUUUCUUCAAAUUGGUAAUAAAUUCGUUAAAAUAGAAUUUUAUAGUUUUUACAAUAAUCUGUUAGGAAUAAAUCCUCUGGGUAAAACAUGCCAGUGGAGGAAGCAUCCGAAAGUAAGGCGCAAAAGUUGGCUGCCGCGCGGAAAAAGUUGAGGGAAUACCAAAAACGUAGUGCAUCGGAGAAUGUCACCGCUGUAGUUGCACAUGCUGCUCCUACGGAAUCGCAUGGUAGUAGUAUUACCGGUGGUAGUAGCAUUUCGAGCAAUAUAUCCGAAGCUUCCGAUUGCGAAAUGACCACAAAUGGUAAUGAGGCUACAACGGCAAGUUUAGAAAAUAUAAACGAAAAUUGUUCAACAACAAAUGCAGCUGCAACGGAAUUUGUUCAAAACACCACAUCGACCGCACCAGUGUUUCAAGCACCUGCACUACCCACUGCCGCUAGUUACUUCUCCACAAUUGCAGCAGAUGGCACAGCUUCCGCACUAGAUGGCAUUGCGAUGCCUACUGCUGCAACCAAUGCUGUGAUAAAAGAUGCAAAAGCAGACCAAUUGCAAUUGCAGAAUGUGAAUGCUAUUCAAGUGUUAAUUAGCGAAAAAGCUGCAUUGACAUCGGAUUUAAAUAAAUAUCGUAGCUUAAGUCGAGAGCGUGAACUUGAGCUAGAGGAGUUGCGCACACAAUUGGAGUCGGCAUUAAAACGACAAGACGACUUGACUCAACGCUAUCAAACACAACAACAGGGUAUGGAACUAUUACGAAAAACCAAUGCUGAAUUGCAACAUAAGUUGGCGCAAGCCAAUGCCCAACAGGAAGAUCAAGCCGGCCAUCUGGAUGAGUUGAAACGACUGCUCGAUAAUAUGCAACAACGUGCUGUUGAAAUAGAGCAUCAAUUUAAGGAAAAGUCAAAUGAGCUGGAAAUGGCACAGCUGCGCAUACGACAAUUAUCUGACGAAGCAAGUGUCAAUCAAGUUGAUAAUCGUGUAGAGUCAUUAACACAAAAUCAAUUUAUGUACGAGCAACAAAUCAGAGAUUUGCAGGCUAUGGUGCAACAAUUGACCUAUGAUAAAGAGCAGGCAAAUAAUCAAUAUCAGAGUUAUGUGCAACAUCUGAACGCAGAGAUAACCAAUUUGAGUGAAAAGAAUACCGAAUUAAUGGAUGAGAGUACAAAGCAACAGGAACGUGAACGCCAAUUGGUUGAACACAUAAGCAUACUGGAAAAAGAUAUACAGAAAAAUAUAAGCAGGCAAGAUUUACUAAGAAAAGAAAAGGAAAAGGAAAAUGCACCUGACGGCCAACAACGCGCCGAAGAGCUUCAAAAACUCAAAGAGCAAAUCAGCGACUACGAACUCGAGCGACACGAAUUUCAAUUAAAAAUCAAAUCACAAGAGGAUCGUCUUGACAUGCUCAAUAAUGAAUUACUGGAAAAACAAACGAGUCUAGAGGAAUUGUAUGAGCGCAUGAGGCAUUAUGCGAACAUACAACCCGACCAAACUAAAUUGCUAGCGACAAUGGAAUCGGAUAAAAUAGCCGCCUCACGCGCGCUCAGUCAAAAUGUUGAAUUAAAAAGGCAGCUUGAUGAACUUGAAAUGCGUUUCGUACAAUUGACAAAUGAUAAAGCUGAUUUAAUGAAUAAAUUGGAUGCCGAGGAGCAUACCAAUCGCGAGAUGCGUACAAAUUAUGCCGAUAUGGAAGAGCGUUUGCAAAGUAUUGACGAACGUUUCAAGUUUAAAGAUGAAGAAAUGAUACGACUUUCACAUGAAAAUAUGGAAUUAAAAAGCAAAACAGAAGUACUGCAAAGGAGACUCCGGCAACAGGGAAGAAGCAAAAAUUUAACAAAAACUGGCGAAGAUGAGGAAAAUGAUAAUCAGGAUGAGCUCACUGAUGAUCAAGAUGACAAUUUGCAAGAGCAUGACGAUGAAAAGCACGAGCAUAAACACAACGGUUGUGACGACCAACAUGAACAUGAACAUGAGCACGAGCAUAAUCAUCAUGAGCAUGAGCACGAGCACGAGCACGAUCAUGGUCAUCAUGAGCACGAGCACGAGCACGAUCAUGGUCAUCAUGAGCACGAGCACGAACAUGUGCACGGAGCUGCUCACACACACUCAACCGACCUCGCACAUCACCACAAUCAUCAGCACGUAAAGAAAAUAUCCUCCAGCAGCAGCACACCAUACUUACCAACCGAGGAAGCUGUAGAGAAAUUAGAGCAACGUUUCACGCGCCUUAUGUCACAAGUAGCCGAUUUAACCGAUGAAAAGCAACGCCUCGAACAUCUCGUACUGCAGUUACAAGGUGAAACCGAAACAAUUGGCGAGUAUAUAACCUUAUAUCAGACACAGCGACGCAUGCUGAAGCAACGUGAAUACGAGAAAGCUGCACAAAUGCAACUGCUACAGCGUGAGCGUGAGCAAUUGCGCGAAAGAAUCGCAAUACUAAAUAAUCUAGUGCACAGUCUAAGCACUGAUUUGCCACACAGUACGCAUAGGUUGCCAGAAAAUUUCAAUACAACUUUAAAUACAGAUAACAAUGCAGAAGCAAACAUCAAUGCGGACACACAACCUUUGAUUGCAGUAGCAAGUGAAGCGCAAGAAGAUCAGCACCUCGAUCAGCAACAGUUAGCACAUUCAAAUGCACAACAGACUGCAAAUGAAUCACGACAAAUACUGACGAAAAUUCAGAAUAUCAUAACGGAAAUAAAUGAGAAUAGCCAACACAUUCCCGAUGUGGCCACAGCGCAAACGGUUGAUCAUCUAAAUUGUUGUCUGGGCAAAGUGGAAGUUGUUUAGAGGCGGCAGACGGUGCGCAUGUGCACGUGAUGGUUUAGCUUAUUAUUAUGUUUGCUGUUGCUUUAUGCACAUGCUAUGGGGUUUCAAAGAGAAAUAUAUAUACAUAUAAAUUUAUAUAUAUAUAUAUAUAUUUAUGUAUGCUAAUGGUAUUGUUUUCUAUAUAUGUACGUAUUGUAUUAGUUGGUGGCAAAAUGCGAAAAUUGUAAAUUGAAACGACUUUCGAUUGUUUGCGACACAUUUUAUAGCCUUAUUUACAGUGUUUCAGGUAAAUUAAAUAUAUGAAUAUUUGAAUAAAAUUUUGUCAUUUUGU